AUAGAGGGAACAAGAGUCAUUUGGGGAACAAAAGAAAUUUCCAGGGACAGAGUCAUUCAGGGAGGGAGGGAUAGAUAAAGCUACAUGUGUCUGGCUGGGUUACAGAGCAAAGAAUAGAGAGGUGUCUGAAAACAGCUAUCUGAGGACGAGGUGAAUUGUUGGAGGAGGGGACAGGAGAGAUAGCAGAGCUAUUUCAAGAGUGAGCAGUAGAAGGGAACAAGAAUCCACGGACGGUCUAAGCGAGGAAGGGUCCAGAGGCAGUGAGGGAAGGCCAGGACCAGGGCCGAGGCCAGGGCAGGCACGAUCGCUGAGGGGAUGAACUUCACAGUGGGUUUCAAGCCGCUGCUAGGGGAUGCACACAGCAUGGACAACCUGGAGAAGCAGCUCAUCUGCCCCAUCUGCCUGGAGAUGUUCUCCAAACCAGUGGUGAUCCUGCCCUGCCAGCACAACCUGUGCCGCAAGUGUGCCAACGACGUCUUCCAGGCCUCGAACCCUCUGUGGCAAUCCCGGGGCUCCACCACUGUGUCUUCCGGAGGCCGUUUCCGUUGCCCAUCUUGCAGGCAUGAGGUUGUCCUGGACAGACAUGGCGUCUAUGGCCUGCAGCGAAACCUGCUAGUGGAGAACAUUAUCGACAUUUACAAACAAGAGUCUUCCCGACCACUGCACUCCAAGGCUGAGCAGCACCUUAUGUGCGAGGAGCAUGAAGAGGAGAAGAUCAAUAUCUACUGCCUGAGCUGUGAAGUGCCCACCUGCUCUCUCUGUAAGGUCUUCGGUGCCCACAAGGACUGUGAGGUGGCCCCCCUGCCCACCAUUUACAAACGCCAGAAGAGUGAGCUCAGCGAUGGAAUCGCAAUGCUGGUGGCCGGCAACGACCGCGUGCAGGCAGUGAUCACACAGAUGGAGGAGGUGUGCCAGACCAUAGAGGACAACAGCCGGCGGCAGAAGCAGUUACUAACCCAGAGGUUCGAGGCCCUGUGCGCGGUGCUGGAAGAGCGCAAGGCUGAGUUGCUGCAGGCGCUGGCCCGCGAGCAGGAGCAGAAGCUGCAGCGCGUGCGGGGCCUCAUCCGCCAGUACGGAGACCACCUGGAGGCUUCUUCUAAGCUCGUGGAGUCGGCCAUCCAGUCCAUGGAGGAGCCACAGAUGGCGCUCUACCUCCAGCAGGCCAAGGAGCUGAUCAAUAAGGUCGGGACAAUGUCGAAAGUGGAGCUGGCAGGACGGCCAGAGCCGGGCUAUGAAAGCAUGGAUCAGUUCACCGUGAGCGUGGAACACGUGGCCGAAAUGCUGAGGACCAUCGACUUCCAGGCGGGCGCUUCCGGGGAGGAAGAGGAUGAGGAGGUGGCGUUGGAGGGGGAAGAGGGCAGCGCGGGGCCAGAGGAAGAGCGGCCGGAUGGGCCGGAAGGCACUGUCCCUGCAGAUAUGCCAUCAAAGGUGGGAGCUCAGGUGGGACGGAGACAGGGCUGUGGAGCAGGAGCCUCUCCAGGAAGAUGAAAGAAGACAAGAACAAGGUGAGCAGCUGAGUGAGUGCUUCCCUGAGUGUGGUGCCCACUCAUCCCAACGG